AAUCCGUGCAAAAUUUCGCGCCCAAACCUAGAAUUUCUACCUGUGUCACUGUGUGUGCGUGAGCUUGUGAAUAAUUUUCUUGCUUUUACUGAUUUAUGAUGGGUUGUUCGAAGAGUGGGCGGAGUAGCAGAAGGGCUCGAAAUCGAAGUUCCAAUGGAGAUUUUCCUGAUAAUUUCUGCAAUUUCAAAACCCUUUUCCCCGGCAUCCAAUCCCCUGAGGGAACAAAACCCGAUGUCUUGAAGGAUUUGUAUGGUCUUCUCGACAAAUUUUCUUCGAAUGCAAAGUGGAGCUACAAGUUUGCGCAUGAAUUUGACCUCGAAAUUUGUCAUGAUGGGAUCAAACUGACCUUUGCAGAUAUUAACGAACUCUCUAACGUACUCUUCACACACUUGGAAGAAAAGUUUGAACGGUUAUUCUCAAACUUAUGUGCCGACAAGGAUCUUCGUGAGAGUAGCUCUAAUUCAGAUUUAUUCGACGCUGUGGAAGUAGUGAAUUUGCUGUUCAGAUGUUGUAUGUUGGUCUUGACUUUGCUCGAACCUAGACAAAAUCUUAUCCUCGAAAAAUUGCCGAUUUUGUUGAGGAUACUCAGAAAGUCGAGUUCACACCGCUUAGUUGAGAACACAGGGAGAAACACGUUUGUCUUUGAGAAGUCGGUUUUUCGUGAAAAUGGCUGCUGUACAUCGUCUGUUGAGGGCUUCACUGCUUCCUUACAGUUUUUGGAGCCUUACGAUCCUCUCCUUUUUUUCAUGUCUACAACUCUCGAGGUAUUUGUAGACGAGCUGUAUGCGCAUGGGCAAUUAAGGAAUUACUUCCGGAUGAUUAAUUCUGUUGUUUAUAUCAAUGAAACGCUAUCCAAUUCGCAAUCUGCUCACAGUGAUAUUGGGAUUGAAGCGAUCUGUAACCAUUUUAUCAUAUCAUUUUCCCAUAAGCAAGUUUUCGAAGAUUUUCUCAAUCGACUAUUUAUUACGCAUGCAAUAGAACUUCGAUAUCCUUACACUUCUCCAGCUUUGAGUGUUACCACAGCUGUAUCGUUACUUCUUAACCCUACCAUGGUUUCUGCUCCGAAAUACGUUCAAGCCCAUUUGAUUUCACUAGUUUCUGAAGCAGUUAAUAUCAAGAACUUGCAACCCGAUCGUAAACUAACCAACUGCUUCCUAUCAACCUUUGAAAAAUCCGUCACUUUGUACAUGAGACACAUGUCUUGUUUACAGACAGAUGGGUAUUCGGGCUUCACUUCUAAUUCAUCGCAUGAUAUUGCUUAUCCACCAUUUGAGCUUUACAUAACCCCAGAGACGAAAAAUAAGGUUGAUUGUCUAAUCACCAAGCUAGACAACGAUUUGAAUCUGGACUUGAACGACAGUUUAUUUAGGAUGAAAUCGGACAUGGUGAGUUCUUGCAUGAGAUUCGUGAAGGAGUGUCAAAAUGCUUAUGCCCUAUCAUGCGAAGACGAGAUCUUGUCCAUCUUAAGCUGCUUGGUCGUCAAAGCCUCUGAAAGCUACGACGACGAAGCUGUACGUCCAAUCGAGUGUACGACUCUGCAGAAUAUAUAUCUUCUUGCUUCUGUAUUGAAACUAAUGAGCAUCUCAUUACUACAAACUAUUCGGUGCCUUAGAAACGGCGAUGAAUUAUGUCGCCUCAAGACCUUGAAAGACUUGUCCUCGUGCAAGGAGUAUAAGUUCAUUUUAGGCGCAAUCUCAUGUUUCAGAAAUUUGGACAUCGGUUUGCCAUUGCAACAAGAUCUAUCCAAGGUGAUGAUGUCUAAUCAUUCUACGAGGCAUGUGGAUUCGAAGAUGAUGUUUUUGCAUUUCUCGGGACUGAUGUCACUAAGCUUUGUCACUGGGCUCGAUUGCUUGGCAAAAGCCUGUUUGUUGGCAAUUCUUGCUCUGUUAAAUUUAUUUAUUUUCGAGGAGGGCAACUUGGACGCGUUGGAAUCUUUAAGUGAUGCCAAGAACGGAUCUUUUUCAUUUGUCAGAUUCCAUGAGACUAAGACCGGCCGAAACUCCAGCCUUGUGGUCGCGUCAAAGUUCCAUAAGAUACAGUCUCUUUAUUCGAGUCUAAAGAACAAUAAAUAUAACAGAAGGGAAACUUUGAGUUCAGAAACGUUAGCAAGUACUUUGGAUAUGGAGCCAGUUACAGGCUUAGAAGAAGAAACGGAAGAGACGAGCAACGGGGAGGUCUUCUUGAAGUGCGUUUUAAAUAUGGGAGAAAAUAACGAUUUUGAUGAUUUGGCCAGUUUUGUUGAAUGCAAACGAGGUAAAGAUUACUCAGCUUGGUUCAAGAAUCGUAAAAGAUAUCGAUGUCGGUUAUUAGAGAAAAUGGCUGUUUUAAGGUGGAAAAGAAAGAAAAAGACUUGGAAAACGUUAAAACGGAAGAGAACAAAUUGUUAGGCUACUAGCUAUUAUUACCUCUUAAAGCUUCUGUUGCUAUCGCCACUUGAAGAUUCAUUUCUUUAUUUAGUGAACAUGCACAAAUUAAUCAGAU